GUGAGCUCUGAUGACACUACUGUACUCUAGCCUAGGUGAUUAGAAUGAAACCCUGUCUCAAAAAAAAACAAUGCAAAUCUGAUUGUGCCCCUCCCCUUUAAAGCACUUCUGUGGCUCCCUGUUGCCUACAGUACAAGAUCCUGGCUUAAGUGGCUCUGUGUGGCCUGGCCCCACCUCCUACAGACUUAUCUGCACUGUGCCUCUGCUGUCACCAGGGCCCCCUAGUUUCCUGAGCAGCCAUGCUGUUGAAUUACUCACUGUCUUGGUCCAGGCUUCUCCUUCUCUCCCACUUGCUUACGCUGCCUGUUGAACUCCUUUUCAUCCUUCAAUACCCAUUACAAAUUUCUUGUUCGGAGAAGCUUUCCCUGAUCAUCCUGAGGCCAUUAUUAUUAUGCUUUGAAUGUGUUUCUGUUUUAAAGCUUACAUUGUUACUUCCCAAAUACUGGCUGCUCCCAUUUUUGAGUGUUUAUUGUUUGAUAGGCACUGACCCAAGCCCCUUCCUUGCAUUAUUUCAUGUUAUUCUCACAGUAACCACAAGAGAUGCAUUUUAUUACAUCCCCACUUACAGAUGAGGACACUAAGGCUCAGAGAAAUGGUGUGACUUGCCCAAGACAUGCAGCUGAAGGGUGACAGAGCUGGCAUUUGAGCCCAGAUCUGUUUGACUCAAUUUCUCCUUCCUAAGUCUCCUGUCCCUGGACCCUGCUGUACCCCCUAGAGCCCCUUUGUCAGCCUUAAUGAAAUGUUGAACAUGGGAGGGACCAAGCAAAGGAGUGGAUGCAGCAGGGCUGCAGUUGUGUGGCCGAGGUGGGGAAAUGGAGGGAGGCUGGAGUGAGGAGGGGCUGAGUUUACUCCUGUUGAAGUGACAGGAGCCCAGCUCCCCAUGGCUGAGGGCUUCCUUUCCACCUUCCAUUUCAAGUAGCAACCUCUGGCCACCUGGGGACAGGCCCGUGGGACUCCAGGCUGAGCAGGUGGCAUGGUGACAAACACCAUGGCAACCUGCCUCCUUUCUGGAGCCGUGAGGGGAGGGAGGACCUGAGCACGCACAGGGCACACUCUGAGGCUUCUGCACAGGAUCCUGGAAAGGUGUCUCCCUUCGGGCCUGGGUGGCUUCUGCCCUCCCACAAGGGAUCCUGCCUACUCGGUCCCAUCCCAGCAGGGGAAAUGCCACUUCCACCUCUGUCCCAGAUGAAUAACUGGUUCUGGCCUCCCAGGAGACUGUCAGCUGCACCCAGGUACAAAUGCCACCCCCUCUCUCCCCCAGGCCAGGGAGGAAGGAAGAGGGAACUCAAGAGAAGGGAGGCAUGGGGUUGCCAAGCAAGGUAGUAGCAGGGACAGCUGGGACAAAACCCUCAUUGUACCAAGGCCACAUGCAGCUCCAGGGCAAACCAGGCAUCCUGCCUGCCUCCCAGGACCUAGGCCUAGAACUCCAGCUAGGCUUUUCUGGCCCCUUAGCAACAUUCACGCAAGCUGGCUUGGAAGAGAGAGGCCCAGCCUCAGUUGUGAGUCCUGCCUGUGCCGAGAAGUCCUCCUGAAGGCACAGCCUCCUCUGCACCCUCCAAAAUCCAGAAGGAAGGGAGUAAUGAUGGGAGAUUAGCCAGCGAAGGCAGGCUGACUUGGGUAGAAACUAGAGCCCAUCGCACCUGCAGUUAUGUGACCUUGGGCCCAAAUGUGAUAACAAAGUACCUGGACAGAUUUGAAGUAAUAGGCUGAGGCACAUGAAAGCACUCAGCAUGAUCACCUUGCCACAGAAAGAUUCAAUCAAUGACAGGUGGUCCUUGAAGCCCUUGGCCGCCCAUGAGGAAAGACUAUCAUCCCUUGCCCACAGCACCCAGCUAUUCCUGGUCAAGGUCCUCCUGUGCCCAGGAGGCAGGGAGCCAUUUAUGGCCAUCGUAACAAGUGUGGAGGAACAUUGUUGUUACCCACCCUCAAAUUGCCCCUACCCUGUGGCUCCUGCUCUGGAGGCCAGCCCUGGGGUUCCCAGAGGCCCUGCCUGGGUGAUUGCGGCAUGACGGGUGGGAAGCGUUGCCAAGCUGGGGCAAGCAGCUCAGGUGACGGCAUGGUGUCAGCAGCUCCUGCAGCCCAGCACCCGACACCUCUGGGCAGACAAUGCUGGCUGUGUCCAGGCCCUCCAGGGGAACAGGCCAUGUUCUGUGUAACAGCCAGGAAACAGGCCAUCUGAGCAGUGCCUUUGUCCGCUCAGGAGGCAGCCCCGCCACUGGCCAGGACGACCAGGCUGCUCCUGGGAGGCCCCGAUGUGGGAAGGGGGUGGUGCCUGGGCUGGGGACUCCGGGGUUUGAGAUCCAGCCCCUCAGCAUCUGAUGUUGACCUGGUUUGGAUGUUGGCCCUGCCACACACCUGGGAUGUGACUUAGCCAAGUCCCUUCCCUCUCUGUGGCUCAGAUUCCUCAUCUGUAAAAGGGGACUAAUCACAGCACUUCCUCAUAGGGCUAUUGGGAGGAGUCAAUGGCGUAAUGUACGUAAUGUGCUUGGCACGGGGUCCGGUGUGGAGUGGGGCUCGGUGAGCGCUUCUCUCCCAGCAUGGAGGGAGGUCCAGGGCAUGACAUCCUCAGCCAAGUCUCCUGUAAUCAGGCUGCUGUCCUCAGUCCCUGCUCUUAGUGUGGAAAGAAUGAACUGAGGUCUCUGGAGCUGGCACAGGACCAGCACAUUGGCUGCAAAGAGCCCGGGCCCCUCUACCUCAAACUCCGGGAGCUCUGGGGUGAUGCCCAGCUUAGCCUCCUCCCCACAACAGCCCAAAUCCAGUCAGCAUGGGGACUCUCCCCUCCUUAAGCCCCUGUAGGUCUACCCUUGGGCCCAAGCCUUCACCCAGGAGACAGGCCUAAGGACUCUUGGGCAGGAGCCAGAAGGCCCAGUCUGCCUGCCUGCUUAGCCAGAGGAACACUUCCUCCUGGAUCCACCCUCUUGGGACUCCCCCAGGGGAGGGCUUCUUCGCCCACCCACCCCAGUCCUCAUCUGCUCUGAGCCCAUGCUCUGAGUUCCUGGGAUAUGCCAAAAUCAGCAUGCGCAUUUGCACGGACGGGUGUGGGAGGGCCCAGCUGCAUGUCCUGCGGCGUGGGCAGGCUGCCUGAGCACGUUCACUGAGACAUGUGUGGCACGUCUUAGAAUGGCAGGGGCAUGGGCAUGGUACCUUUUCGUGUUUGUGUGUAUCCAUAUGUCUUUCUACACAUGUGCUGGUAUGUUGGUCUGUCUUGUCUCCCCUGUAGACGGGAAGCCCAGAACUACGCGCCAACUGGGAAGGUGAUGGUCGGCGAGACCAGCCCAUCCUAAUUUGGGGUUCCUGGUUCUGCUCCAGGAGUCCUCCAGCCUACAGCUCCCACCAAACAGGGAGGACUGGACAGCACGGGGGUGGGAGUUGGAGCAUCAGGGACCUGGGCAAGAAGCAGGCUGGCUCAUAGAGUAGAAGACUCAGUGCUGGCCGCUGCCCAGGAGACCCUGCCCCUGAAGCCCUUGUGACCUCAGGCCAGGCCUUCGCUCUUCCUGGGGCGCACUCACUCAUCUGGAGGACACUGGGUUGGACUGAUGUUUUCUCGCUGCCCCUGAGGCUCUGACAAUUGUAUUUUAAGUUGGGUGGCGGGCACCUGUGCACCAGCCCCAUUAAACUCAUUGGUGGAGGCAGCUGUGGCCUGCUAGGCCCUUGCUGGGUCUUGGGGUGUCCUGCAAAGAGUGAGAGGAGAAGCCAUGCCAGGCAGCGGCCCCAGCGAGAGAAUGACAUGGCCCGGCCCGGCCCUCUCCACGGCACCCCCAACCCGCCCUCUUUCCUCAGCCCCGGGGACACCGCCCAUCCCGCCCCUUACCCGGACCCGCAGCCUCAUGGCCAUGUCCCUGCCGGGGAGUAGACGGGCAUCUGCUGGAUCCCGCAGUGGGGGACCUUUGGGCCGCAGCGGCCUGGCAGUGUUCGCCCAGUGUCCGCAGCUGCCCUCCAGCCAGAACGAGCACCUGCCUCUUCUCCCUGCCUCCAGGCGCACCUCUCCACCCGUGAGCGUGCGGGAUGCCUACGGCGCCUCUUCCCUCAGCAGCAGCAGCAACUCGGGCUCCUGCAAGGGCAGCGACAGCAGCCCCACGCCAAGGCGCUCCAUGAAGUAUACACUGUGCAGUGACAACCAUGGCAUCAAGCCCCCCACCCCAGAGCAGUACCUGACUCCACUGCAGCAGAAGGAAGUGUGCAUCCGGCACCUGAGGGCCCGGCUGAAGGACACACAGGACCGGCUGCAGGAUCGGGACACCGAGAUCGAUGACCUGAAGACGCAGCUGUCACGCAUGCAAGAGGACUGGAUUGAGGAGGAGUGCCACCGUGUGGAGGCCCAGCUGGCCUUGAAGGAGGCCCGCAAGGAGAUCAAGCAGCUCAAGCAGGUCAUCGACACCGUCAAGAACAACCUGAUUGACAAGGACAAGGGGCUGCAGAAGUACUUCGUGGACAUCAACAUCCAGAACAAGAAGCUGGAGACGCUGCUGCACAGCAUGGAGGUGGCCCAGAACGGCAUAGCCAAGGAGGACGGCACCGGCGAGUCUGCGGGUGGGUCCCCCGCCCGCUCCCUCACCCGCAGCUCCACCUAUACCAAGCUGAGUGACCCGGCUGUCUGCGGGGACCGCCAGCCUGGGGACCCCACCAGCUCCUCCGCUGAGGAUGGGGCCGACAGUGGCUAUGUGGCAGCCGAUGACACACUGAGCAGGACGGAUGCACUGGAGGCCAGCAGCCUGCUGUCGUCGGGGGUGGACUGCGGCCCGGAGGAGGGCUCGCUGCACAACGCCUUCGGCCCGGGCCCCCGCUUCCCCGCCAGCAACACCUAUGAGAAGCUGCUGUGCGCCAUGGAGGCUGGCGUGCAGGCCAGCUGCAUGCAGGAGCGUGCCAUCCAGACAGACUUCGUGCAGUACCAGCCUGACCUGGACACCAUCCUGGAGAAAGUGACCCAGGCCCAGGUCUGUGGGACAGUCCCUGAGUCAGGGGACAGGCGCCCAGAGCCACACCCCCACCCCCCGGUGCCCAGAGACCCCAACUCAGCAGUGGUGGUGACAGUGGGUGACGAGCUGGAGGCCCCGGAGCCCAUCACCCGCGGACCCACCCCACAGCGGCCUGGUGCCAACCCCAACCCUGGGCUGUCAGUGAGCGUGGUGUGCCCCUUGGAAGAGGAGGAAGAGGCAGCCACAGCUGCAGCGGAGAAGGAGCCCAAGAGCUACUGGAGCCGCCACUACAUCGUGGAUCUGCUGGCCGUGGUGGUACCAGCCGUGCCCACGGUGGCCUGGCUUUGCCGCUCCCAGCGGCGCCAGGGCCAGCCCAUUUACAACAUCAGCUCCCUGCUGCGGGGCUGCUGCACGGUGGCCUUGCACUCCAUCCGCAGGAUCAGCUGCCGCUCGCUGAGCCAGGCAGGCCCGAGCUCAGCAGGCGGAGGCUCCCAGCUCUGAGGAGGCCCCACCCCGGGCAGCGGCUCCUACGGCCUGACCACUGAUUGUAGGGAUUCUGUUCUCCCCUCACCUAUCCCUAUGGGGCAUCAUCUUAUUUAUUUAGUUUUGGUGUGUAACUAUUUUUUUCAGGAUGCUAACAGUGUCAGGGCAGGAGUAGGGGCUGGGGAAAGGCAUUCCAAAACUUCAACAGAGAGAAGAGGGAGACCAAAGGCAGGGCCGUACAUCAACUGGACAAAUCUCAGAGAGGAGAUGAGGGUCCUCCAACCUGGCUCCUCUGUUCACCUGGCCCUUCAGACAGGGCACACCUUGCUCAGGAAGUCUCUGGCUGUAUUUAUCUGGGGAAGCUGGGCUUGUGUGGCCCACCAGAACCCCCCACCCUGUCCAGGGCCCUGCUCACUCCAUGCCUUCUCCUCCAAGCCACCCUUGCCCUCAGCCCAGGCUUCUGGGCCAGUAUUAUCUCCUCAGAUGGAGGCAGCUAUGGCCCAAAGUGCAUGUCACUGACCCCAGGACUCAGAGCAGGGUCUGGAACCCCUGGGCCUAGGCUGGAGCUCCAGCCUCCCCAGACUGCUCCCCACCUUGGGAUUCAGAAGCCCAGUCAAAGCCACAGGCUGGAGGAAAGACGGCACUGGGGCAUGAGGUGGCAGAGGGCAGUGUGGGUUCUGUGUCUCUCUGUUCGUCCCCAGUCCUCCUCGUAACCCAUUUCCUCUUGGCACUGCUCGGUGUGUCUGGUCAUUCUUCCCAUGAGACGGCUCAGCCCAGCAAGCUCAGCGCUGGGGUGGGAGCACCAGCCUGAGCCCCAGCGCACGAGGAGGAGGCAGGGGCAGGUGCCCCAAGGGCUCCAGCCUUCUGAGAUGAGGCCAUCUCCCAUCUCCUCUGCAGUCUGGGAGGCGGGGCAGGACCCAGGAAUCCUCAGCUUGUUUGAAAAGCCAGAGGCCGUGACUGCCCCUGGAGCGUGCCCCAAGUUUCUCUUGGGCCUCGGGCUCAGCUUCUGCUUUGCACUAUGUCCUCCGGGAGCCUGGUUCCCUUCCAUCCCAGGGUUACCAGCGACGUAGCUGCUUGCUUUCUGCUAUGAGGGUUCCUAAAUCUUAGGCCUAUCCGCCUCCCAGCGAGAGUAGGGAAUUCUGACAGGAGAAUCCACAGACAGGGUACUGAAGCCAUGACCUUCAUCCAGGCCAAAGCAGGGUGCCUAGGCCGUGCUUCCCAGACAGGGGCGCGGCAGGGCGGGCAGGCACCCUGCAGCCUCGCUGCUCCCGGCCCAGCGCCAGUCGGCCUGGGAAGGUUCACUGUCCCCUACUCCUUCCCUGGGACCACGUCUGAGUCCCCCAGCAAAGCUGCUGACAUUUUUAUUACCAUUAUUACUUUACAAAGUAAACUCGCUUCUUCUGCAGGGGUUACACCCAUCUGGUCAUCCCACCUACUCUUCAGAGGUUAGGCCCCCUAUUUGGGGGGGUUGGUGCGACCCUGUGUCUUAUUCAGCCCUCUGGCCUAAGGGGCACUCUGGUUCUCUGCCAAGGUUGCUUGCCCUCGCUCCGAUGCUCCAGCAGCCAUUGCCUGACUCCUGGGCUCCGCCCUUCCACUCUGUGCCCUUCACUCGAGGCCAGGGCACCUGCAUGCACUGGGAGUGGGCGCCCAGCCCAGCCAUCGGGGCAAGAGGCCCCUCUGCCACGCGCUUUGUGCCUCCAAAGCUCCCCCCGCCUCGGCCGGGGCCUCAGACCAGCUAUCCUUUGCGAAGCACCCCCGACCCCAGCCUGACCAAACCCAAAUGCCUCGGGCCUGGCUGGGGCUGCCCCCUCAGGACACUGGGCUCAUGCCACAGAGGGGGCAGUGGACAAAACAAUCCAAAGCCAAGCCGGGACUGGCCACGGACCCAGCCUCCUGUGCUGUGUACUCAUGGAGCUGCUUAGUGUCUCCUUAGAAAUAGUCAAAGCUUUGCUGAGAAAAUAAAUGUAUGAACUAUAUUUGACAACAUAAAAUCUAUAUAUUUUUCACCACUGGAAUUUAGUCAAGCUUCGUAGCCCCUCUGCUCCUGUCCGUGUCUUGCAUCUGUGGCCUUCCUAUUGUGUCUUGUGUUUUGGUGGACAUGGGCAGGGCUGGGGCCAUAGUCCAGUCUGUCCCUGCUGCUGGAGAAGCCCCCAGGGAAGAGGUGGUCUGUGGUUGGGCCCGAGACCUGUGGAGGAGGUUGGUAGGGCCGGCUGCCACCCUCUAUUCUUGCUGGCCCCAGAGCUGCCCCGGGUCACAAGGGGCCCUAGCACACAGCAUUGAGGGCCCUUUUGGGGGUUCUCUUGGGGCCUUUGAUGGGUUUUUCUUCUUAACAUUGGAGGAAGCGGCUCACCCGCCAGCCCUGGGACCGUGCUGGCCAGUGGCCCUGGCCCAGCUCUCGAGUGUGUGCGUGUGUGUGGUCAGUAUCCACAUCUAUGCAAAGGUGCAGGCUGCCUGUGCAGCUCCCGGCAGUGGAGACACAGCAGCCGGCUGGCUCAGGCUCCAAGCCCUGACUAGGCAGGUCAGAGUGGACUGGGGGGCAAGGCUGGGGCCUGGGGCCGGGGCCUCCCGUUGAGAGUGUGCAUCCUCCAAAGCUCCCCCUCUUCCUUCCUGCUUAAUACCUCCCCUUGUUGGGCUGUGACCUUUUCCUCCUGCCCUCGGCUUCUGAGCAGAAAUCUUUGGGGCCUCCCCUCUCCCUAAGCCUCUGGCCGGAGCUGCUUAGGUCCUGCGGAACAGUGUCCCCAGGAACCACCUUCGGAAACUGCUGGUCUCUUGGAGGGAGCCCAGUGGCCAGAAGCGGUUUCUCCUUAGGGCCAGAGCUCGGGUCAGAGCGGCCCUACCGCCCCUCUGGUCCAGGCUCAGGCAGGAAUUGAGAGUCUGGGCCCAAACUUCUGCACAGAGAGCUGGCCUUGAGCGGAGUUUACUACAAAUAUCUCCCAAGGGGAUAACUUAGCUUUUCACUGAAACACCCUUCCCAAUUGCCACUAGCACAGGGGUAUCUGACAGCACUUUGGGGAGGGGUGGGCAAACCGCAAGGUCUGGGGCCUCUGCCCAGUCAACUCACAACCCCUCUCUGACCUGGGGGACAAUGAAACAGGUCACAGUGCACUCACAUAUUAGGCCAUCCCCUUGACAGGGAAUUCAGGGGGGUGUGGGAAACGGGGAGGUCGGGAGGGGUCUUGACCCUUGUCUCUCCUUUGUCCUUUUGUUCAGACAGAGUUGUACCUGCUGCAGUCAGCUCUGAAUUAAAGCAUGAAAACAGA